GUGGCUCCGCUGGGAGCGCGGCAGCCGCCGAACGCGGGGGUCGCCGGUUCGAGCCCCGCGCAUGGAGAGAGCGGUCCCGCCACGGGGAGAGUCGGGGGGAGCAUGGGCGAACCCCUGGGGCUGGGGGACCGAUUCCAGCGCCGCUUCCUGGCGGCCCGGCAGCUCCGCUCCUUCCCCUGGGAGGAGCUGGAACAGAAGCUGCGGAGCUCGGCGGAUCCCUCGCUCCCGGUGGAAAUUCUGCACAAGAUCUGGGACCCAGCCACCCCCUGGCCCAUCCCCCUGCUCCGGUUUCUGCUCGGUACCGCUCCUGGGACCUGCAGAGCCCCUUGUCCCCCGACCGUUCUCCAUCCUCUGAGCAUCCGAUAUCCCCCUCCCACCAAGUACAGAAGAUGCUUCCUAAGAGAACUCAUCAAAAAGCACGAAGCCACCACAGCAGAACCCCUGGAUGACCUGUACGAGGCACUGGCAGGUAUUUUAAAUGAAGAAGAAUCGACUCAGGGCUACAAAAGCUACUUACUGCCCACAGGAGCAUGGGUGACCCUUGCUGAGAGCGUGGCCAUCAUCUCUGGGGGCACCACAGGGCUGGUGACCUGGGAAGCAGCACUGCACCUGGCAGAGUGGGCAAUGGAGAACGUGGCCGUGUUCAGCCAGAGGACAGUCUUGGAAUUGGGCAGUGGAAUUGGUUUCACUGGAAUUGCAAUCUGUAAAACCUGCAGUCCCAAGACCUAUAUAUUCAGUGACUGCCACCCCUGUGUUCUCCAACAGCUGAGAGAAAACAUUCACUUGAAUGGCUUUGUCUUGGAGCCUGAAACUUCUCCUCGUACCCCAACACAGCCCCAGGGCCUGGAGGCACAAACAGCAAACUCCCAACAGCCAGAAAUAAUUGUUGCAGAACUUGACUGGGGCUCAGUGACAGAAAAACAAGUGCUGGAUCUUCACCCUGAUGUUGUCCUUGCAGCAGACGUGGUGUAUGAUCCAGAGAUCACUUCAGCCCUUAUUGGUGUGCUACAAAAACUCAGGGUUUCCAGAGGAGCCAGGAAACCUCCUGAGGUCUACAUUGCUUCCACCCUUCGUAACCCAGACACCUUUCUCCUCUUCCAGGCUGAGCUCGAUAAAGUUGGGAUCAGAUGGCAGAUUAUCCCAGACCACAGCAACACUGUUUUUCCUUGUGAUGUGCAGCCAAAUGUAAAUAUUCUACAACUAUUUAUAGAGCCAGCAAGUAUGACAUAAAUAGAACUUUCAGACCACCAGAAGCUCUCUCUGCCUUGGAACAAGAUUAUCUUCAAUUCUAGAGACAGACACUGAGGAUACAGCUCCACAGACUGUUGUCCAAGUGAUUUAUGUUUCUCCUUUUAAUUGUCAGCACCCACACAGGCAACUGCUGCCCCUCAGCAGCAGCUGAGAGCCUCAAGCAGUAGAAACAAAAAGCCCUGAUCAUCCUUUACCCUGAUUCUCUAAAAGACUACAGAAUUUAACUGUAUUUUUUAUUUCCACCUGUGUGCUGAGUUGUCAAUAGUGGAGGCACAUCUGCAGGAUGACAGGAUGAGGGCUGCACACUGACAAGGCAGCAAAACAAUGUUUCAUAGUAAUAAAUGUUUUAU